AUCAAUGGCGAUCGAGUUAGUUUUGUUAAGAUCUCGUCCAGGCAAAGAGUUAAGUGCAGCCGGCCGGCAGUUGUGUGUCCGUUUGUAUCGGUAUCUUUGUAUCUCUCAGUAUCUCACCAACAUCCGCGUGUAUCUGCAUCUGUGUUUGUGUGUUAGUGUGUCUGCCAUUCUGUGCUUGUGUGCGAAGGAUUCCCGAACAGGAUGCGAAUGUCGCGUUGGCUAACGGUUCUCCAGCGGCUCUUUGGCCACGUUUUUGUUUCCAUCUAUCUGGAAGUGGAAGUGUGCUAAUGUGAUAAGCCGCUUAAACCGAAACCGAAAAAAAACCGCAAACCGCCUUGGGUCCCGCCAACUCCACCUGGAGGAGUUCACCUGCUCUCUGGCCCCCAUCCAAUGGUCAUUCUGGCCCACGAACGCCCACGACCUGAAGUCUGAGAAAAUAAUAAAAAAAAAAAGAAAUCAACUGAAGCUGAAACUGAAACUGAACAUAAAACUUAAACUAAUAGUAAAUAGUAAAGCUGAAACAAAAGUGAAAAACAAUAAAAUUGAAAAGGAAAAUCGCGGUGCAAUAAAGGCAAAACUAAAUCACAAAGCUAAAUAAAUAAAUACAGUUCGAGACGCAGCAAUAAAGAAAACAAAUAAACCCCCUUGGGAGAGAAAAAAAAGGUCUCCACGUCAAUUAAUUAAAAGUGUUAUUGUUGUUAUUCGUGAUUGUUGUUGGUGUGUUGCAUUUAUUGCCUCGAAACUAAAAACUAAAAACAAAAAAACUGGCUCACUUUUACAGCCCAGCAGUGAAAUGCAAAUCAAUUCAACAUAAAUUUAUUAAAACAAAAGCUAAAAACGAAUAGAAAUUUUGUUACAAUUUGAAUUGCCAUUACUCGGCUCGGAUUUAAUGUGUUUUUUUGACCAUGAAAACGAUGGAAAGUUCGCGAAUCUAAAAAAGGAAAAAUAAUUAACGAGAAUUCCCCAAACGUGUGCGUGAAAAAAUUCGACAAGAAAAUUGUAUUAAUAUCUCCACAAGAUUGAAAAAUAAAUCAUAAAAGGAAAAAACGGCCAGUGGCCAAAAUGGCAAUGAGUGAAAAUCAAAUUUAAUAAUCCGUCCACAGUUCGUCGUUCCAUAUAAGAAUAAUUAAGACUCUCCCAAGACUCUACCAAGUUGCAAGUUCAACGAUCCAAGCCAAACAGCACAGAAUAGAAAACUGAACUGAAAGUCUAACAUGCGCCCGGCACGUUUCCGAUGAAGCAAGCCACUUUAAUCAGACCCAGACACAGAAGAAGCACAGCAGCAGGAGGAGACGGAGCAGCAGCCACCAAGAUGUGUCCCAAUCGGCAUUGGCUAGUCAGCACAGAAACGGGCAAGGAUGCCGGAGCGGUAGCGGGAGCGGAAGCAUCCAGAGCGACGGCGGCGAGGAGGAGGCGCAGUCUAGACCAAAUAGUAGAAGUAUUAGUAGCCUUAAUCUUAGUCAAUUGCCUGGCCACGGCGGCGGCAGCCCUGAUGAUCACACCGCCCGACAGCCUCGAGUCCCUGGCAUCGGCACCCGCAUCCUACUCCUCCUCCUACCCGGCUGUCGACGAGGAGGAUGACGUGACCGGCUUCUAUCGCAGCCCCCAUCGCCUGAGCGGCUAUCCCCAGAUUCAGCAGCUCCAGCGCAGCCAGAACUUCAAGAUCAGCCCCAAGCCGUGCUCCUUUGGGCGCGUGGAGGGCACCUGCAUGUUCGUGUGGGAGUGCAUCAAGUCGGAGGGCCGGCACGUGGGCAUGUGCGUCGACUCGUUCAUGUUCGGUUCCUGUUGCACGCACAACUACACCGACAACAUAGUCCUGCCCCAGACGGCCUUCUCUUACACGAGGCCCACCAAGCCGCUCACGCUCCGUCCCAAGCCCCCGGCGCCCUACAAGCCGCUAAUCAGUGGCAUGACCACCAUAGAACGUCCUCAUGGCGCUGGCACCCUCGUCAUUCGUCCUUCGGGGCCUCACCACCAGGGUACUCUGGCCCGGCCGCAUCCUCCGCCAUACCAGAGCAAGCCCACCACCGCCUCCGACCUGCAGAGCUCCGCCUCGCACUCCAGCGGCAGCUCCAGCUCCGGUUCAAGUCCCAAUAGCAUUUGGCAUACAUCGACCCAGCAGCAGCAGCAGCAUCAUCAUCAGAAUCAGCAGAACCACUGGCAGAUGACCACCGAGCCGAGUUUUAUUACCAAGCCGCGACCCACCGGCUGGACCAAGCCCGGCAUCGUCAAUUUGCCAAUGCCCGCGCGACCCUCCAAGCCGUCGAAGCCCACAAAGAAACCAAUUGUCUACGAGCGUCCACCGCCACCUCCUUCACCCUCUCCCUCCACCGCCGCCUCCGCCUCGACGACAUCCACGACGCCGAUAUGGCCCGGCCAGACGCAUCCCCUACCCGCCCAGCCGCACCGCCCCACCCGGCCGCAGCUGUCGCCGGGCACAUCAUUAGCGGCAUCCUCGUCCUCGGUUUGGCCAUCAACAUCCACUUCGACGACAUCCACAUCAACAACCACAACGACGACAACAAAGGCAACCACGACAACCACUCGCAGAACCACCACACCAGCCACAACAACAACAACAACAAGGAGAACAACAACUAGCAAACCCACAAAGCCCUACCAGCGGCCCACCACGGCGAUCUCAAGCUCCUCCACAUCCACAACUGCAGGCAGUUCUCCUCCAAGCAAGACACCCACCACGUCCAGCGGGAUCGUCACCGGAGGCAGCAGUAGUCAUCGACCGUCGCAGCCCACGCACCGACCACCGAUCCUGGCCACCUCUGGGAUCGAAACCAAUGAGAUAACGGACUCCUCCAGUCCGGAUACGGGGGCGCUGGGUCAUGUCAAGACUAUUUCGGCAGCUCGAAGUGAGUGUGGAGUACCAACGCUGGCCCGGCCCGAGACAAGGAUCGUGGGCGGAAAGAGCGCGGCCUUCGGUCGUUGGCCCUGGCAGGUGUCGGUGCGGCGCACCUCCUUCUUCGGCUUUUCGAGCACCCACCGCUGCGGUGGCGCUUUGAUCAACGAGAACUGGAUAGCCACCGCCGGACACUGCGUGGACGACCUGCUCAUCUCACAGAUACGCAUCCGCGUGGGCGAGUACGACUUCUCGCAUGUGCAGGAACAGCUGCCUUACAUAGAGCGCGGUGUGGCCAAAAAGGUGGUGCAUCCCAAGUACAGCUUCCUCACGUACGAGUACGACCUGGCGCUGGUCAAGCUGGAGCAGCCGCUCGAAUUCGCUCCGCAUGUCAGCCCCAUUUGCCUGCCCGAGACGGAGAGUCUUCUAAUUGGCAUGAACGCCACGGUCACCGGUUGGGGUCGCCUCAGCGAGGGCGGCACCCUGCCCUCGGUCCUCCAAGAGGUAUCCGUGCCCAUUGUGAGCAAUGAUAACUGCAAGUCGAUGUUCAUGAGGGCAGGCCGGCAAGAAUUCAUCCCGGAUAUAUUCCUCUGUGCUGGCUACGAGACAGGAGGUCAAGAUUCCUGUCAAGGCGAUUCCGGUGGACCAUUACAGGCCAAGGCUCAGGAUGGUCGCUUCUUCCUGGCUGGGAUCAUCUCGUGGGGCAUUGGCUGUGCCGAAGCCAACCUGCCAGGAGUCUGUACCCGGAUCUCCAAGUUCACGCCCUGGAUACUGGAACAUGUCAGAUGAUAGGACACACUGCUGACGACGACAGCUAAACAUUUGUUAUUGUUUUAAUUUAUCAGUUGUAGUGCAUAAGUUUUGUGUGAUUUAUCUUAAAGGAAUGUUAAGCGUAGUUAGCUUCAAUUUAACAAUUUUAACUGCAUUGACCCGGACUUGGCCUUGUGUCACUGCCACGCCCCGUACACACAGUCAACGCCCACUAAAUUAGUCUAGCGAAAAUGUUAGCGCAGUAAGAGCGGUCUAACUCGGAAAUCGAUCGGACAUAAGGCUUUCGGAAGGGAUUAUCUAUUUUUGUACAUAGCCGAUUGGAUCGGGGAGAGUCAUUCGUAUGUCCACAAGUUGUUGGUAAUUUUAGUGUAGUAAUAUUUAAAAAUUAACUAAAUCUAUAUUUAUUGUAAAGAACCGCAUGCAGGCAUCGAAAACGGUGCUUGUAUCUUGCCCAAAGAUCAAGUAUAUCUGUAGCAAUAAAUGAUUGCCGAAAAUAUUGUCUAAUAAAUAUGUAGAACUCGA